AUGGCCUUAGUACUUUUGCAGGAGAAAGAGAAUGAGGAUUAUCAGUGCAGUGAGAAGUCUUGCAUGAGCCAUCCUAAUCUAGCAAAGCAAGCUAAAGUCUCUUUGAAUGAGCAUGAAUUAGGUGAUGGAACUUUAGGAAAAAUUGAAGAAGAAAGGAUUGAUUUGUUAUGCGAAGCCUCUGAUUCUAAAAGAAACCUCACAGCCAAACCCUAUAUGCCCUUGGGGGACUGCAGCUUCCGAAGGAUUAAAGGUGAUAAAGCCAGACGUUCUUCGCAGAGCCGCCACGGUCUCCUGCUUCAACAGUGCUUGAACGGAACCCGGUGCUCGCCAACCUCCCCCUGCCAACCGGCCGCCCAGCGUGCCCUCCAGCAGCACCUCUCAGCCUACUCUCUACGACCCCAGGCCUCCACCGCCGCCAUGACCGCGUCUGCCUCGCAGGUGCGCCAGAACUACAACCAGGACUCGGAGGCGGCCAUCAACCGGCCGAUCAACCUGGAGCUCUACGCCUCCUACGUCUACCUGUCCAUGUCUCACUACUUCGACCGGGAUGACGUGGCUCUGAAGAACUUUGCCAAAUACUUUCUGCACCAGUCUCACGAGGAGAGAGAACACGCUGAGAAACUGAUGGAGUUGCAGAACAAACGAGCUGGCCGGGUCUUCCUCCAGGAUAUCAAGAAACCGGACCCGGACGACUGGGAGAGUGGGCUCAACGCCAUGGAGGGUGCACUGCACCUGGAGAAGAGUGUCAACCAGCCCCUGCUGGGGCUCCACAAACUGGCCACGGACAAGAACGACCCCCAUCUCUGUGACUUCAUCGAGACACAUUACCUGGGUGAGCAGGUGAAAUCCAUCAACGAGCUGGGCGACUACGUCACCAAUCUGCGCAAGAUGGGGGCCACAGAUUCCGUCCUGGCCGAAUAUCUCUUCGACAAGCACACCCUGGGAGACAGUGAUGGAGAGAGCUGA